CUACUUUUAUUUUAUAUUUCAAUAUAUUUAUGUGUAUUUACUAAUGCUGCUUGGUGAGAUCUCAAAUCGACAGCUGAAGCAUCGGUGGGAGUUCAACUAUCUGAUUAUUCUUUGUUCGAAAAUAAUAAUCCUGAUCCAGCGAAUGAAAAAGAAGGAAAUCUGUAUGCAAAUAAAAGGUGGGACUCCUGUUUCUGCUCAUUACAUAUUGAUAGUGGCUGUCUUGAGAACUCUUUCGAUCUCUGUACAAAAAGCCCUCAAAAAAUUACGGCUCGUGCGGUCGUCUCCCUUUGCUAGCUGUAGUUCUACAUCACCGAGUGAGAGAAUUAAAAGGGAUAGCUGCGAUGGAUAGAUUAGACGAACCAGAAGGCCGUACAGAGAGCGAGAAAAAUGUCCUUGACGAUGAAAUGGAAAUUGGGGGUUCAAGCGAAGAUGAAAGCCGACAAACAAAUCGAAAUGGGUUGGUAGAAAUUGGAGGAUUCCUUUGCUUCGCUGUAGUAACAUACAUCAUAUACACGACUAUUAUAACUUCAGCUGAAGAUGUUCUCUCUGCUACCCAUAUUCCUACUUCUUCUACAAUUCUGUGCCUCAACUCUCCAUAUUUUAUCAUGACAUUGAUUUUGCCCUAUUAUAUUGAUAAAGUGCCGUUGAUGACAAAAGCAGUCGUUUCGGCUCUGUUCUUCGCUCUUGCUCUUGUCCUCAUCGCUCUGAUCACGACCCCAGGACUUCGACUGAUAGGAAUAUUAGUAGCAUCUCUUGGACUUGGCACCGCUGAAAUUGGCUUUCUGUCUGCAACAUCUUUGCAUCAGGACCUGACAAUUCAUGCUUUUGCAACUGGAACUGGUUUGGGAGCCAUUCUGGGGCCUGCACUGUAUACAGCAUUAACAACAUUCAUGUGCGUCCAUCCCAGCACAGCUCUUCUCUUCCUCGUGUUCAUCCUCCCUCUGUUUCCACUGAUUGCUUGGUUUGUCACUAAAUAUUCGCAUUCUAGAGUACACAACACCUCACAGGGAAGCAACGUGGAAUACACUCGAAUAGGAGAAGAAUCACCAUUGGAUCAUAUACACCAAAGCCUCACAAAAGAAGAAAAGAUCCAAGCAUCAAAGGCCAACAUGUAUCUGGCUGUUCCACUAUUCUUUGGUCUUUUUGCUGAUUAUCUUACAAUGCAAGGUAUAGUGACGACUAUCGCAUUUGAAGCGUCACCCUUUGAUCCCAGAGAUCAUUAUCAGUAUUACACGAUGUCUUUCUGGAUAGGAGAAUUGCUGGGUCGCUCGUAUGGGUUGGUACUCUCAUGGGGGAAGCCGGAUUGGAAGGUCGUCACGGAAAAGACCUGGAUUUUUUCAACUAUCCUCAUGGUAAACCUGUUUUUCCUGAUUCUCUGUAGUUUGUACCGGUUUUUACCGAGUUAUGUGGUUGUUAUGUUACUGACGUUCAUAACCGGGUCGACGGAGGGUGCUCUUUAUCUCAACUCGUUCGCGUUGGCGGGAAAAGACAUGAGCCCGCGUUACAAGGAAUUUUCCCGCGCUUUUCUGACCAUCGCUGUUCAAGCUGGCGUGCUCGUAGCCGGUUUAAACGGUUUGUGGAUGGAGCCAGCGUUGAAGGAACAUUGCACCCACAUGAUUAAAAAUACAGACUACUGCUUUACACGUUCCUUACAUGGUUGGAAUGUCAGUACAUCUUGUCUAAACUAACAGCAUGCUAUUCGUGCCAUUAUAAUAUAUAUACUCCUAUUACAAAUUCUCUGUUGCUUAGGGCUUGUGAAAUAUUCAUGUGUUCCAGUGAAGUUCCGCGGAAUUCAAGGUGUUUGUAAUGUAGACGUUAAGUGUGCAUUCUUUACUUUAUUGUUGGUAUUUGUGAAUAUUUCGAUGCUGAAGUGAGCUAGUCUAACCCUGAAUAUAUAAAUGAGUCUGUAAUCAAGGAACACAGCGGUAUUAACCUGGGGACUCGGAAUAAAGUUCUUUUACCGGGCUACGAAAUCCGGCGAAAGUAUGCCGGAAACUCCCUCAAUUUAAGGAAACACAGGCUGCUUCAAGAACUUGACUAUGGAAUCAAGGGAAAUCAUGAAUUAAAACUCUCGAGUCAAUAUGACACAUGCAGCUAUUUUUAUUUUGAUACACAUAGGUUGAAUCUAAUAAUUUAGUGUAAAAAUGGGAAAAAGGAAUACUAUCAAGAAUGUGUACAGUUAACAUAUAUUAGGGAAAUAAACUGGUUAAAAAAUG